AUAUGAUGGUUUGCUUAUCGCGGUCUUAAGCCGCUAACGUAUUUAAUUAGUAGUGUAUUUAAAUGGGGGAUCGUGUGGAAAAUUCAGUCAAAAGUCGCCGAAAUGCAUCGGGUUGCAGUUGUUGUGAUCGUCCUUGCUUCCAUCUUUACCCAAAAUCACGCGUCCUGGGGGGGACACUCCUUGAAGUCUCAGCCGAGGGGGUCCCGCGUGAUGACAGACGAACGAUCCUUUUACGACUGCAAACACUCGAUAUGCCACAGCGUCGAAAACUACCCGGAGGAAGACAUCAACGUCGCCAUGGAGCAGCACCACUCGCUGAAGUCCCUGUUGUCUGGUGCAGUCUUCAACGUCACUACCGCCGUUACCAUAGCGAGCAGGAUACAUCCUUUCGAGGAGACGAAGUCGUCCCAGCUCUGCAACGCGGAAGGACCCGCCAAGUACAAGCCGAAAGCGAUGCGGAAUUUGUCGAACCAGUGGAAGAUCAUCGUGAAUACGGUCAAAUACCGACAGGUGUUCACUGUGGAGGCAUGCCGAGAAUUGUCAAGUCCCGACGCCCCUGAUACAAGCCAUUACUGCAGAGACGUUUUCCAUAAGAAGUGCAGACAAAACUACCAGCCUCUGACGCUUUUCGUAUACGAAGAAGGUAAAAUACAAUUCGAUAAGUUCCUGGUACCCACUACUUGCAAGUGCUGCGCUGAAUAACGGAUUGGCUCUUCGUCGUCAGGUCCUUCUCAUUAUAACGAUAACUAUGUAAAU